AUGUGGACGUGUAGCCUCUACCCAGAAAAUGAAGCGAGUUUCCAGAUUGUAGUACACGCAUUCGAGCUAAAUGGGUGGGCUAAUGCACUGUCUGGAGCUUCAAAUCCAAAGGUUUCGUCUGAUCCAUGGAUAGAUAUCAGUGUGCAUAAUGUAGGAUUGCCAUCAUUGUCCAUUACAAACCCUGAUUGCCAUGGUUACCUCUAUAAAGUAGGUGGAAGACGAAAGGUUUGGCGACGACGUUACUGUGUGUUGAAAGAUGCCUGCAUGUAUUACUAUAGGGAUGUAAAUUCUCUGACAGCACAAGGCGUGGCCCAUUUCCAUGGUUACAGCAUUCAAGAAACAGAGAUAGGUAACAAGAAAUUUGCAUUUAUGUUGAGUCCACCUGAUCCUGUUAUGCGAGUGUGGUAUUUCAGUGCUGAUCAUGAUGUUGACAGAAAAAGGUGGAUUGCAUCGUUAGCCGAGUCUAUUGGGCACUGGAUUUGUAUGGAUAACAAUGCAGAACAAGAAUGUAAUGAUGUUGAACAAGAAGCAGGAGAAGAAAAAGCUUUUUAA